UCUCUCUCUCUCUCUAAACCUGCGUUUGAAUGCAUGAGAUUUUUUCUAUAUAUAUAUACAUUAGAUUUUUCCAUUCUCACUGGUAGCUAAGUUUUCCAAGAUUUUUCCUGUUUCUUUCCUUCUUCUCCGAUUCUCUGCAAUUUUUUCUGUUCUUCAAUCAAUUUCCUGUUCACCAUAAUGAGGCUUGAAGUGGAAGAAAACGAUGUCGAUGAUGUUCUUCUUCCUCCUUCCAACUUCUCCAUGGUUGAGGAUGGCAUUUUCCGAUCCGGUUUCCCUCAGCCGGCUAAUUUCCCCUUCCUCAAGAAUCUCAACCUUCGCUCCAUCAUCUAUCUGUGUCCAGAACCCUAUCCAGAGGAGAAUUUGGAGUUUCUUAGAGCCAAUAACAUCAAGCUUUUUCAAUUCAAAAUCGAAGGAAAAAAGGAGCCUUUCGUUUCAAUGCCCAAGGAUGCUAUUCUGGAUGCCCUAAAAAUCCUAAUUGAUGUUAGGAAUCAUCCCAUUUUGAUCCACUGCAAGCGUGGAAAGCAUCGAACAGGCUCGCUGGUCGGUUGCCUGAGAAAGUUUCAGAACUGGUGCUUGACAUCAGUGUUCGAGGAGUACCAGCGAUUCGCAGGCAUGAAGUCAAGGACGACCGACCUACAAUUCAUCGAGACGUUCGACAUCAGUUUGCUGAGGCAAUGUGUUUACAGCAUCAUAUACCAGUACCAAGGUUACAGCCAAAGCAAGAGGAGGCUGGUCUAUCGAGAAGAAAAUUUGCAGAAACCCCAACCAACAUCAGUUUAGAGAGGAAAAAAACAUCAACCUUCUUCCUUAUUGCACAUAAUAUCAAGUUCUUGUCAAAACAUGAAGUCUAUAUUUUUAGGGUCCCCAUUGAUGCUCAGUUCA